AUGUCUGUUCCCGCCGGUCCAGAUCCGACGGCCAUGGUGGGCUUGAUGCCAGCACCGCUAGGCGUGACCCCCGACUUCUACCACACGACGCCGGUACAAGUCGCCUUCAUGGCUGUCUUCGGCGUGACAUAUACGCUAGCGACGAUAGCACUCAUACUGCGCCUCUACACUCGGGUCUUUGUGGUGAAAUCCGUGGGGUUCGAUGAACCGCUACUCAUCGCCGCAUGGGCGGUGACCUUGGCUUUCUUCGUUGUUUCGGUGAACGCUAUGCCGGCGGGUUUUGGUAGGAAUAUGUACGAAGUAACACAAACGCAGCUCGUCGGAUACCUAGAGCAACUACUCCUGUUAGCGUUAACCUAUAUCUGGCCGCCAACCCUAACCAAACUCUCCAUCCUCGUCCUCUACUGGCGCAUCAGCCCGGACAGAAUCUUCCGGGUUUGCAUCGUCGCCACCGCCGUGGUGCUCAUCGCUUACACGGCCACCUUCACCGGCCUGUUCUGCGGACCCUGCAACCCCCUCCUCGGUACCCCCGAGAGCGCCGUCUGCCUCAACAACAUCGCCGUCUCCCAAGCCGUCCUCAACAUCGUCACCGACGGUGUCAUCAUCGUCCUCCCGAUCCCCACCAUCCACCGCCUGAACAUGGGCCCUGAAGCAGCGCAUCACCGUCGGCCUCAUCCUAGGCCUCGGAUCAGCGUACGUGUGAACCCAGUGCCACCAACCUUUCCCUUCCCUCCCACCCCCAUACCAACCCUUCAACCAGCAUCAACUAACUCCCCCCACGCAGCGCUUGGCAUCGCCUCGAUCGUGCGGGUCGCGUACGUGCGCGCCAUGGUAGCCAACCCCGACGUCACCUUCACGCAAUGCUCCGCGGCCGUCUGGUCGCUCCUCGAAAUGAACCUGGGCAUCCUAUGCAACGCACUGGCGGCACUCAAACCCUUCGUCCGACAACACAUGCCCAACCUCUUCUCGUCCAACGGGUGGGGCAGCGGGGGCGGGGCGGGCGGCGCCGACGGCAAACCCCAGCGGGGCGUCGUCGUCGUACCCCGUCCAAGCGCAGCCCGCAGCCGGGCGUGGGGGGCAUACCUAUCAGCUGCAUAG